AGGAGGAUCAUGGUGAGGUCAAGGGCAGCCUGGGUUACAUAGUGAGUUCAGGACCAGCCUGAACUUUACAGUGAGAACCUGCGUCAAACAAACAAAUCUUAUGCAAGUACUGUAUGUAAGCCGCUGUGGUGGUGCUCGCUAUUCCAGCAAUCUAGGAGGCUGAGGCAAGAGGACUGUAAAUCUGAGCCCAAUCUGAACUCAGCCACUUAACAAGACCCUGUCUCAAAAUUUAAGCAAGGGGAGGGGGACUUAGCUCAGUGCAAAGGUCUUAGUUUCAACUCCCAGUACCACAAAAGAAAAAAGAAUGUCCUUAACUCCUGCCAGUUGACUUAACAACUUUCUUACAAUGUUAUGCAAAUACGUCCUAUGUCCGCCCUGGUUCAUCCACGUGGGUCUCUCCCCCUCCCAGUCGUUAUCUUGCAGCUUCUCCCUUCCCACAGUCAGGUGCAUAAAAGCCCGGGAUGCGCGGCUCUGCAGAGUCACCAUGUCCCUGCUGUGUUCCCUGCUGCUGGCGCUAGCCCUGGCGGCCGCCCCCGGCGUCCAAGGAGCCUGCCCCGCGCCCGCCGACCUCAAGAGCGAGGACGGGAGCCGCACAUGCGCCAAGCUCUACGACAAAAGCGACCCCUACUACGACAACUGCUGUGCUGGCUCCGUGCUGUCGGUGGGGCCGGACGCCGACCUACCCUACCUGCCCUCCGACUGGGCCAACACCGCUUCCUCCAUCGUGGUUGCCCAGCGCUGCGAGCUCACCGUGUGGUCCCGCGCCGGCAAGGGCGGCAAAUCGCGCAAAUUCACGUCGGGUGCCUACCCGCGCCUGGAGGAGUUCCGCAAGGGCAUCCUGGGGAACUGGUCCAACACCAUCGCCGGGCUGUACUGCAGGUGCUACUGAUGCCGUGAGGGUCCCGCCUCUGCAGUCCCCCCAAGUGCUGAGCCCUUCACCUGGCCUGGAGGCUGCUGGGCCCACAACCUGGGAGUAGAGAGCUUUCUACCUGCGUGCCACCCUGCCUUCCCUGCAAUACAACCCUUGUGAAGUCAUCUCCAUUGUCAUCUGCUCCUGCUUAGAACCCAAAUCUACACAGGACGGGUGCGCCUCCGGGGAGGACAGGUGGUCAGGCCUGGGUCAGCUCAUUCGUAGGACAGUGCUGGGGAGGGGGACACAUCCACAAAUCUGACCUGGAGCUCGGUGUGCACUGGCAGAAGGGCCGUGUGCGGCAUGGGAGGGCAUCGCCGGCUGGGUGCUAACUAUCGAAAUCUUGCCUGCUCUUCGGUAAGAGCUUUUUCCCAAGCUGUGCUGGCCUCCUGGAGGCUCCAGCGCCUCCCCUUCAAGCCUAGGACAACAGGGACACUUCUAGGACUAGGAUACCAUCCCAAGCUAGGGUCAGGGUCUCUUCAGUGAUUUUUUUUUUAGACUAGGGUUUAAACUCAGGGCCUUAAUCCCAAGGCACAUUCCUGGUCUUUUUAAAUUUUUAUUUUGCGACAGGGUCUGACUAAAUUGUGAGGCUAUGGGACCGGGGAUUUAGCUCAGCGGCACAGUGGCUGCCUGGAAAGUGUGAAGUCAUGAGUUCGAUUCCCGGUACAAAAAAA